AAUUGGAAAACCCUUAUUUUCCUUUGUUCAUAAGCAAACCCUUGAUAUUUUAACAAUGGGUAGGUCUCCAUCUUGUGCUGAUGAUGCUAAUGUGAAAAAAGGGCCAUGGACAGCAGAGGAAGAUCAGAAACUAGUGGAUUACAUUAACAAAAAUGGCCAUGGAAGCUGGAGGAUUGUUCCAAAGCAAGCAGGGUUGAAUAGGUGUGGCAAAAGUUGUAGGUUAAGGUGGACUAAUUAUUUGAGACCUGAUAUUAAGAGAGGGAAGUUCGGUGAAGAAGAAGAAAGGCUUAUUAUUAACCUUCAUUCGGUCCUCGGGAACAAGUGGUCUAAGAUUGCUGCACAUCUACCAGGGAGAACAGAUAAUGAGAUAAAGAAUUUUUGGAACACGCGUAUUAGGAGGAAGCUAUUGAACUUAGGGAUUGAUCCUCAUACCCAUAAGCCAAGAACUGACCUCGAUCAUCUUUUGAACGUAUCACAAUUGCUUUGUGUUGCACAAUUGGGUAACAUGAUGAACCCUUUAGAUGCUGCUUUUAAACUCCAAGCUGAUGCAGCUCAACUAGCCCAAGCUCAAUUGUUUCAAAACCUAAUGCAAAUCAUGAACACUAAUGAGGCUGCAAAUGUUGAGAGUGAUGGGUUUCUUGCAUUACAAGAAAACACUAACCCAAUACCUCAAAGUAUCCCAAACAAUGGUUUUAUUGCUGGUGUAGUCCCUCAAACAAGUGACCAAUGGGGUUUGAGCAGUUCCUUUGAACAAAGAGAAAAUCCAGUACUUCCUGGGUUAGUUUCAAUAUCACCAGAGAGUAAUUCAACAAUGGAAAACAAGGGCAAUAAUGAAACAGAUUCCACCAUUUAUGAAGCUUGGGAGAAGUUGAUCAUGGAAGAUGAUGAAGCUGAUGGUGGAUCCUAUUGGAAAGAAAUGUUGGACCUUGCUUCUUCAACCUCUUCACCUAUCUCAUGGUAGACCCCCUUUAGGUUUAAGGGAUAAAAAAGAAAGAAGUAGAAGAAAUCCAAAUUCAUUCACUAUUUUUCCAUUUUAUUUUGUUAGAGUUCUUUCAUAUACUUUAUUCAUCUAUUUUAUUCAUUUAGGAAGCUUAUAAUUGAGCUACCUCUUUGUAAAUCUUAGAAUUUUUUUUAUUUUGUUUUUGGUAAUCAAGACCAAAGUUUAUCCAACAUACAAGUAUUUUCAUA